AUAACCCCGUUACCCCCCCGUGCAGUGGUCGCUGUAGUAGUCCGUAGGAGGGUCCGGUCUGUGGAGGAGGGUCCGGUCCGUGGAGGUGGGGCGGUCUCGGGCUGUUGUUGUGGAAGGCGGAUGUCUCUUCGUGGGUCGAGUCAGGUUUUCUCGUCGGUGACUUUAGGAGGCAGAAGGAUCUCUGACAGCGAUCAGAGCUCAUUAAAGACUCCAGAGAGGAGGCGAGUCUGUCUUUAAACUCACCUGGUCUGACAAACUCACCUGGAGCAGAUGGGGAUCAGAGAUCGCACCAUCCUAGCUUGAACACAUUUAGCUGUGUGUGUUUCACACAGAUUUACCUCCAGGGAGGAUCCAGCGUAAGCGUCAGUCCGACAUGCAGGAGGAUUGACAUCCAGCAGGGACUCUUCCUCCUCUUCCUCCUCCUCGUCUCCUCUUCAUCCAUCUGAGCGAAGAACCAGGUUUCCAGCCCAGAGAGCAGCAGGAACACGAGCCCAGAGCUGCAGCGAGGCAUGAUGGGAGCCUGUGUGCUGUUGGUGCUGCUCUUCAUCUGUCAGAGCCACGGCCUGCAGAGACUGGAGCCACUGGACAGAUUCAAGAGGGCUCAGGACGGCGACCUCUCAGACUCCGCCUCCUGUGUGUCCCGGACCAAUCAGGACUCCACAGACCCUCAGAACUUCUCUGUGGACAUCAGGAUGCCUGGGGUCACCCCAACAUCGUCGGACACUUACCUCUGCAUGUCGUAUCUUGUUCCGACCAAUCGAGACACCUAUAUUGUGGAUUUCAUCCCUCAUGCCAGUAUGGACACAGUUCAUCACAUGCUGCUGUUUGGCUGCCACAAACCAGUCUCCACCAGCGGAUACUGGGACUGUGGCGGCAUUCAGGGAACGUGUAAGGAUGAAGCCUCCAUCAUGUACGCCUGGGCUCGCAACGCCCCGCCUACCAAACUACCCAAAGAUGUUGGUUUUAAAGUGGGCAGAAGUUCAGGGAUGUCUCACUUUGUGCUGCAGAUUCAUUAUGGAGACGUCGGUGCGUUCACUGACCAUCACAGAGACUGCUCCGGACUGUCUUUAAGAGUGACCACUAGACCUCAGCCGUUCAUCGCUGGUAUCUACCUGCUCAUGACCAUGGACACCAUCAUCCUACCAGGAAAGAGAGUGACAAAUGCAGACGUGGCGUGUGAUUACACGUCGUAUCCCAUCUACCCGUUUGCCUUCAGGACGCACACGCACCGCCUGGGGAAGGUGGUCAGCGGGUACAGGAUCAGAGACGGGAAAUGGUCUCUGAUUGGUCGACAGUCUCCUCAGCUCCCACAGGCUUUCUAUCCCGCUAACAAAACCAUGAGCGUGAAGUAUGGAGACACCCUAGCAGCCCGCUGUGUCUUCACAGGAGAGGGACGAACAACUGAGACCUACAUCGGGGGGACGUCAGACGAUGAGAUGUGUAACUUCUACAUCAUGUACUACAUGGACAGUAAGCAUGCUGUCCCCUACAUGAACUGUAUGGAGCCGGGCUCUGCAGAGCUGUUUGAGGAGAUCCCUGCUGAAGCCAACAUCCCCAUCACCGUCAGUCCUGAUCACGCCAGCGGCAUGAUGCACAUGGGACACAAAACGGAUCGUCAGGACGACCCGUCGGUGUUAGUGGAUAAAAAAGCCAACCUGGACCAGGACCAGGACCAAGGUGACAUCUUGUCUCUGAUGUCGCGGCUGAUAGGACAGAGCGUUCAUAAAAUCACGCCCACCGAGCUGCACCGAGCGCAGGCUCAGCUGCUGGCUCAGAUUGAUAGUUUAAUGCAGGAUAAAGACCCCGACCCCAGCGCCGUUCUGGUGAGGGACCGGGUCCACAGGUUCCAUCAACUCGAGGCCAAAACCCCCCGAAGCAGGCUGGCCGCUCAACGACAAGAUUCUCACCUGGAGCAGGUGUUGUCGUGGCCUCAGAGCUCCCUCCAGCUGGGUCAGGUUUCAGGACUGGCUCUGGACUCAGACUCCAAGCUUGUCAUCUUCCACAGAGGAGAUCACACCUGGGGGGUCGACUCCUUUAACAACCAGGCUCAGUACCAGCAGAGGUCUCUGGGUCCGAUCCAGCAGUCCACCAUCCUGGUGGUAGACCCGGUUAAAGGGAACAUCCUGAAGGCCUCGGGGAGGAACAUGUUUUAUCUUCCUCAUGGCAUCACUACGGACAAAGACAACAACUACUGGGUCACUGAUGUGGCUCUGCACCAGGUGUUGAAGGUGAGCGGUGACGGCAGAGACCGGACCCUGCUGGCGUUGGGCGAGGAGUUUACUCCAGGAAGUGACAGCAGACACUUCUGUCAGCCCACCGACGUGGCUGUGGACCCCGUCAGCGGGAACAUCUUCAUCUCUGACGGAUACUGCAACGCCAGGAUCCUCAAGUUCUCUGCAGAGGGGAAAUACCUGUCUGAGUGGGGCGCAGGGACGUCCGACCGGAGGCGGCGUACUCCGUUCCGUGUUCCUCACAGCCUGGUGUUCCUCGCCGACAGACAGGAACUGUGCGUGGCGGACAGAGAGAAUGGACGCAUCCAGUGUUUUCUGGCCGACAGCGGCGAGUUUGUAAAGGAGAUCAAGAAAGACGAGUUCGGAGGAGAGGUGUUCGCCAUCACCUACAGCCCUGCAGGAGACGGGGUGAUCUUCGCUGUCAAUGGAGAAUCUCUGUUCAGCUCGGCUCCUCUCAGAGGAUUCGUCAUCAACUAUUCCACCAAGGAGAUCCUGGACACCUUUGAGCCUGACACCAAGGACUUUAAGAUGCCUCAUGACAUCGUAGAAACCAGAGACGGCAGCGUUUUCGUCGGAGACGCAGGAAGUAAAAAAGUCUUCAAGUUCACCACCGAGAAGUUUCAUCGCUCUGUGAAGAAAGCGGGGAUCGAAGUUCAAGAAAUAGCCGCGAUAGAAACCGUCAUUCAGACCAAGAUGAGACCGGAGAGCAACGCGUCGAAGACGUCAGCCGUCCAUCAGAAACAAAGCGAGUCUCAGCCGCCGCCGCCGCCUCAGGUUCAGAUGAAGACGGAGGAGGAGGAGAAGAAGAAGAAGGAGAAAGGUGAAGCCCAGCCAGUCAGAGAGCAGGGAGCCCUCCCUGCUGUCAUCACCACGCUGCUGCUCGUCCCUCUGCUGCUCGUCAUCUCCGUCGGACUCUUCAUCUGCUGGAGGAAAAACAACCGAUGUGAGGUGAAGUCGGAUCCGAGCUCAGUGGGAGGAAUUCUGGGAAAAAUACGAGGUAAAGCGGUGGGCGGUCUGAACCUGGGGAACUUUUUUGCGUCCCGUCAGGGUUACAGCCGUCAGGGCUUUGACCAGCUGAGCACGGAGGGCAGCGACCAGGAAAGGAUGGAGGAGGACAGCAGUGAUUCAGAGAACGAGGAAUACUCCGCCCUGCCCCCUCCUAAAACCUCAUCCUAAACCCAGACCACUGCCCCCCCCGCUUACAGGCUGACAUGUUGGUCCAUCCUGUUGUUUUAGCUGCCAUCGUCGUCUCUACACCAAUCAUUUCUCUGGUUUAACCUGGCCAUGUCUCCGUCCCACAUUUCACUCUGAAUCACGUUUAAACGGCGUGAAAUCAUCCUCACAUUCCCCGACGGAGAUGUUCUGUCAGAUUCCGGCCAAAACAGACGAUUCCACCGUAAAUGUCCUCAGAGACUAAUUCAUAAACACUUCCUGUAAAGCAAACAUUACUGAAUGUUUCUGUGGAUGAUUCCUGACUGAAGAUGGUCCCACCAUUUUCAGCUGACGGCGUUUAACCCUCCAGAGCUUGGCUCUGUAAGGUCAGGGAUCGUUGCGACCAGCAGAUUCUCUGAUUAUAUUCUUAUUUAAAGGAGGAGACACUGAGGAGACCAGCAAACCCUUGGUCCUGUACCAUGAAGGAUCCUGGUCCUCUUCGGUCUCUCUCAGUCAUCCUCGUCUGAUUGGUGUUAGUCUCCAGGAACAGGAGGGAAAUUCUGCAUAAUUCCAGUUGAAGGUAGCGUUAAUGACUUCAGGCAAGACUUCCCUUUCAUUAUGGCGUGUACCUCUGCAGCGUAAUAAAGGUGCACGAUGAUCUGCCGCCCCCUGCUGGUCACAGUGAUCCCUUCAUGAAGACCCAGCCCUGGACUCUGAAACUGGAAUAAGAGAGUCCGUCAGCGUCUCCGUGGAUCAGGAUCAGUUCCUCCUGACCCUCCAUCAGCUGCUCUGAUAAAUCAUUUCAUUAUUUCAGUGUCUCCAUGCUUCACGUCCACGCUCAUUUCCUGUCAUUUGUGCCUUUUUUUUAAAAAUCAUUUCGCCUUUUUUUGACCAGCCGCCAUGAUUGAACAUACCGCAGGGAGAAUCAGCUGCUGCUAGGAGCGUGUAAACUAGAGACCGCCUUCAGGUGAACAGAUCUGAUAUUAUUAUGACUAUAUAUGUAUAUUUAUGUGAGAGAGGGAGAGAAUGUGUCAAAACAUGUCUGCCAGUCCGAGCGCCGUCCACCCGCUCGCCGUAGCUCCACGACGCCGCCACGUCUUUACCCCUUUAUUGUAGCUCCAAACGCGCACGCUGGACGAUUCUUAUAAUGCACUUUAAUUUUAUUUAAGAGUUCCUGCACAGACAGAAACCAGCAGAUACUUCUAUUGAUCAGCAGCACUUUGAUCAAUCAGCUCAUCCAGAUUUUAAAUAAAGUUUUUAUUCGCCAACAGAGGAACAAAGGUUUUCUCCAGUCCUCUCCAGCUCCGCCCACUCAGCCAAAUAUGGUUGCCAAAGUCUGCGUCUGCCAUGUUUAACACUCCAAACAGCUGAUUGUUAAUUUAGAAAAGAGCUCCAACAGUUUAAUCCUGUUUUUAUACUUUUUGUUUUUAAAGCACAGAAACAACUUUUUAGAGAUUCUCAUAGAGUGUGUUCAACUCUCAGGACCACACACACAGUAACACGCACGUUAACACGCACGUUAACACACCUGUAUGGGGGCCGUUGGACUCUUUAUUUAACAUCGGUCAGAUUGGCCAUCAGGAAGCUCUAACAGUACUGAUGUAUGAGACCUGCUCUUAAAUAAACACACAUUGGCCCCCCAUACACCCCGUGAUCGAAUGCUGCAUCAUGACAUAAAUCAGUUUAACUCUCCUGAUCUUCAUCCUUCUUCAUCCUCUGAACUUCCAGCUUCUUGUUUCUGCCCGUGUCCUUGCUCUCAGCCCGCCAUGGCGCUCUGAAUGAAUGAUGUCCUUUCUGGCAUGCCGUAGAAACAUGUUGGCGCUCUGAUAUUUAUUGUGACACACUGGUUUUGCUGCAAGAGUACUAUUUUGAGUAACUAUGUAAUUUGUGUAAUAAAGUGUUUGCAAAGCA